UCGAGGGCGAGGGGUUCUCCCGAGGGCCUCUCAUGAUUUUUUUUCCUCCGGUGGUGGGCGGACAACGAGUCGCGAAAACCGAGGGCCUGGUGAUUUUUUUUUGGGGUUCACAGAGGCCGGAGAGAGCUCGGGAACAUUCGAAACAUUUCACGCACGUUUUGAUCGGUUUUUAAGGGCUUGGGGUGCAGGGUUUUGGGGGAUUUGGCAGACGCAACGGAAAAACUGAAACGGAACCGACACGACAGCAGUCAGCUGAUCGACGUUGUUUCGGUGCGUGCAACGUGGGAGGAGCGAGUUUGUUGUGGUUAUGGGUAGAACGGGGCGGUUGGGUCGGGGGAGCUUCAUGGAAAUACGGGGCAAGUACGAUUUUUAAGAGACGGUUUUUUUAAUUUUGUGGACAAUUUGGGGGAAUUCGAGAGUUCACGUUUUUAGGGGAAUUGCAUUGCUGGGGGAGAUUGCGGAUUGCAGAGAAUUUUUGAGCUGUUUUUGAAAAAAUAGUUCUGCGGGAUAUUUAAGGGUUGAUAAUAGCUGAAGCACUAUUUCCAAAAAUUUCCCUUUGUUUUUAUGCACCGAGAUGACAGAUUCUGGGAGUGCGAUGAGAAAAAUACUCUUCACUGGUCCACCAGGCAUUGGGAAGACUACUCUCUGCAAGAAAAUAAUUUCGAUGCUCACGGGAUGUAACACAAAAAUUUCCGGGUUUUAUACUGAGGAAGUGAGGUCGAAAGAUCGUAAAAGAAUCGGUUUUGACAUUUCGACGUUCGAUAAAACCGAAACGAGGGGGAUUCUAGCUCGAAUUGAUUCUGCGCUGAAUGGAAAAUCUCCAUCAAAACUUCGAGUUGGUCCAUAUCAAGUGUUCAUCGAUGAUUUUGAGAGGAUUGCAUUGCCAACAUUAAAUUCCACAUCUGACGUUCUCGUGAUCGACGAAAUUGGAAAGAUGGAAUUAUUCAGUAAACCCUUCCACAAUCUCGUGGACAAUUUGUUCUUCGGGAAGAGCAAUGAACCCCAGAGGAUAAUAAUUGCCACUGUCCCCGCGAGGGAUCGAGAGCCCCAACGACACUCAAAAUUCUUCGAUAAAUUUUAUGAAGACCCGAGUUGUCACGUCAUCGAAGUGAACAGGGGAAACCGGGAGGAAUUGGCAACAGAAAUAUUUCAUAAGAUCAAAGACAUGUUGAGGAUUAAAUAAAAAUU